CAGGAGGAGCGUCUGGGCUGGAUUCAGCUGCCCUGCCGCUUCUCCUCAGGGCAGCAGCAGUGGUGCAGGCGCUGCCUCUAUAUAAGACCCUCCAAGAUGCCUCCCAGAUCGCUUCCUCCAUCAUCAUCGCCUUUGACUGCACCUCACACCUUCUGCUCCAGAGCCCCACUUUUACAGUAGCGAAUGUUUGGUUAAGUGGAGCGGAUUUGUCCGUCUGUGGCGCUUUUUGCGAUGUCCGGAUUGCAGCAGAAGUUUGUGGAAGCGGAGCGCCGGAGCGCACAGGACGCGCGGCGCAGCCUCCGUCUCCAGGAGUGACUCCGGAGGGAAGUUUUUGAACAUGGGGAAAGGAGAGCAAGCGGGAUUUUCCACCCUUUAAGGCGUCACAUCCCCAGGCGUGGACAAUGGACACCCUGAGCCUGUCAGUGAACGCGGUCUCCUCCACCGUGGCAGCGGAGCUCCCCACCACCGACGACCCGUUCAGCGGACCCAUCAAGAACAUCGCGCCGUGGAACUUCACCGUCCUGGCCGUCGUCAUGUUCGUGGUCACCUCGCUGUCUCUGACCGAAAAUUUCCUGGUCAUGUUUGUCACUUUCAAGUUCAAGCAGCUCAGACAGCCGCUGAACUACAUCAUAGUUAAUCUGGCCAUCGCGGACUUUCUGGUGUCCCUCACCGGCGGACUGAUAAGUUUCCUGACAAACGCCCGGGGCUACUUCUUCCUCGGGAGGUGGGCUUGUGUCUUGGAGGGCUUUGCCGUCACUUUCUUUGGGAUCGUGGCCCUGUGGUCCUUGGCCGUCCUGUCCUUUGAGCGCUUCUUUGUGAUCUGUCGGCCGCUGGGGAACAUUAGACUGCAAGCCAAGCAUGCCAUCCUGGGCCUGCUGUUCGUGUGGACGUUUUCCUUCAUCUGUACCUUCCCUCCUGUUCUGGGCUGGAACAGAUACACUGUGAGCAAGAUCGGAACCACCUGCGAGCCCGACUGGUAUUCAACCAACAUAACAGACCACAGUUAUAUAAUAACUUUCUUCGCCACUUGUUUCAUUUUACCACUUGGAGUGAUUUUCUUCUGCUAUGGGAAACUCCUCAGGAAGCUCAGAAAGGUAUCUCAUGGUCGUCUGGCAACUGCCAGAAAGCCCGAGCGGCAGGUGACCCGUAUGGUUGUGGUGAUGAUUGUGGCGUUCAUGGUGGGUUGGACCCCUUACGCAGCCUUCUCCAUACUGGUCACAGCUUAUCCCACUAUUGAGCUUGACCCAAGGGCGGCUGCCAUCCCGGCUUUCUUCUCCAAAACAGCCGCCGUUUACAAUCCAAUCAUCUACGUCUUUAUGAACAAACAGUUCAGGAAAUGCCUGAUCCAGCAUUUUACCGGCAUGGGAACCAUCCCAGAAAGCAACAUGAAUCAGACCACAGAGCGACCCGGAAUUACUGCCGAGAGUCACACGGGGGAAAUGUCUGCCAUCGCAGCCCGCAUCCCUGUAGGCGGCACCGUGUCUCCCAGAUCCGAUGACUCCCCAACUGACUGUGGCUCCUUUGCUCAGCUUCCCAUCCCAGAGAACAAAGUGUGCCCAUUGUAACUGCAAGCCUUCUUCCAUUAGGUGUCAUUUUUCUCCCUAAGAGUGAAUAUUACCAGUCUGUCAUCCAGCUACAGUGUGCUUCAGAAACUCUGUGGACGCUAAGAGAAAUUCAGAUAAUUAGUCAAUGUCUUGGCUAUACUUUGAGGGCACUGGCACUUUUGAAGAACCUUCAUUGUUCUCUGGAACUGUGGAAAAGUUUUGUGCUUUAGCCUGUUUUGGUAGUUUGUUAUAUUUUGUUUAAAAUAGGGCCAGAAAACAGCAGUAACAGAUAUAUUCAGCCUUUGCCCUGUAGGCCACUUGUAAAUACUCAAUACUCUCUCUCUUCUUUUUCUCCUUGUCCCUGAUGCACUUCCUGUUUAUGAAUCACAUCAGUGGGCACUUCAAUUCAACUUCAUAGUGCAGCAGUGGACUGAAAAAUCUCGACAUCAGUAAGUUAAGGACUGGUCAGUGUAUUUCAAAAACCACAGUGCAUCCAGGCUUUCAUCUUGUCCUUGCCCUCUCCUUUGAAGCCCCGUGAUAGCGUCUGCAUAGAAAAUGUUGAUUUCCUAUGCUGUUUUCAGUGUUUGCUUUGGCAGCAAGCUUCAGUCAGAUGUUGUGUCAAAAGCACGAAGCGGUCUUUGAAUUGGGAGUUCUUCUAUUUUUUUUAGUGUUUAUUGCACAGACUAGUUUGGGCCAAGGCUUUCAUCUUUAUUGAGUAUGGUUGAGUUGUCUCACCAGUCCGCCAUUGUUUCUUUUGCAGUUCUAGAGUCAAAGUAUUAAUGAGCUGCUAGCAAGAGAUCAGGAAAUAUGCAACACCGCAUAUGAACAGCACUUGUCUAACAAGAAGCUCUAAACACUUACUGGCCACUUUAGUACCCAGAGUCUUUUAUUAAUGGAACUGUAUGAUUUGUGAUUAAUUUUUCAAAUUGAGGUACCAGCUGUUCUUCAGGAAUCAAAUGCCAAGCACUUUCCAUCUGACAGCUGUUGUAGCCAAAACCAGAACAAGUAAAACUACCAAUAACCCAACACAGUAAUUUAAUGCAAAAAUAUUUCUACUGCAGCAGACCUGCCUAUUUUCUGGACAAACAGAUACAGAUACUCUGUGGUACUUCUCAGUACCACAGAGUAUCUGCAGGUUUCAACAAUUCAAAUUUAAGACUUUUUAAAUGCUGCUUUGAAAGAAAAAUGGCAUAAAUACCACUUUGAAUAAAAUUUAAGACCAAAAAAAGCUAUAAAUAUAUGGGAUGGUCUGGGAAUCCUGUUGAAUUACAAUCAAGCAUAGCAAAAUCUUUUACAUUUCUGGGGCCUUUUUGUGGCUCUUGGCAGCAUCUUUGUGCUUCUUGUCCUCACAAUGCAAAUGUUUUUGUUUUUUCACAGAAUGCACCUAGCCAAAUAUGGGUUGGCAACAGAAGUGACCCAGAGGCCACAACUAAUAUUAUUUGUUGUGGCUGACCAACGAUAAAUUUUACGCUUAAAGGGUUCAACACAUGCAGAUUGACGCUACUCCCUUUCCAUUAAUUUCCUAUAAGAUUUAUACAAUGAGGGGAAAGUCGUUUGCCCUCCUGCAGCCAAGCAUCUGAUGACAUGCAUGUGAAAUUUUGCUCAUAAAUGUAGAGGUGACAAGAUCAAAGAUUUUCAACUUUUGUCACAGAUAUCACUAUCGCUAUUGUUAGGUUUCACCCCAUCAUUCGUCCAUCACCUAUGACAGACAUAAAAAGCUAACUAGCUAGCAAAGGUGUAUUAGCAACUAGUUAGCGGUAGCCUCAAUCCAAACUGAUUGCUACAGAAUGAAAUGAAGAUGUCGACGCGCAACUCGAACUUCUGCCUGCUGGAAAAGUCACACAAAAAACUAUAUGAGAAUAUACAAAAGGAAAUAGUUAUUUCAUGACAACAUUUAAAACUUGGGAUAGACGUAUAUAAAGCUAGCUUGUGAAUUUAAGAUUUUUUAAGACCUUAAUUUUAGAUGCAUGAAUUUAAGACUAUGUAAAAUGCACAGACACCCAUUACCAACUGAGUGUUGUACAAAUACUUUAGCCUUCCUGACUACUCUUGCUCAGCAUGUCCAUUCCUUCAUGAUCCACUUGUAUCCAACAUCUGGCAUCUCCUUCCACCAGGUAACAAAGCUCAAAUCAUUUCUUGGACAACACAGUUUUUUCACUGUACUCCAAUGUUCUCUGCAGUCACUGAAUCCCAGUCUAACACAACUCCUUUUGGAUAUCGAGCUGACAAAUCUACAACAUGUCUGAUGCCAACAUCUCAAAGUGUUGACAAUACCUUGCUAAAAGUAUGUCAAAUGUAAUAAAGGCAAUUGUAAGGGCCAAACUGUGUCAAACCCACUAUUAGCACCGUGUUCCCUGAAAGUUGGGACACCGUGUUGCUAAGUGUAGUCACUGUGACAAAAAUGCAGUGGACUAGGGUUGCUUUGAUAAUUAGCCAUAAUUUCUAUAUUAAGCAAAAAUCAACAGCAAUACGGAAGUCAAAUGAUGUCCAACAAACUAGCACCGAAGCUUUAGCUACAACAGGUGUAGCAGUGAGUGUUGCUAAUUGCUGGACUUUGUGUUGCAUGUUUGUUUACUGUUAUUUGGUAUAUGUCAAUCACUGUUAUCUGCUGCACAAUGAUACUCUAUGUAUGAACAAUAUAACAUUAUGGUGUCUGUGUGUCCCAGUCAUGUCAGACAGUUCUAUUCAAAAUCACAUUAUGAGGGUGUGUACAUCUGUGCUAUACUUAUUGUAAUACAUUAAUGUAAUCAUAACAGUAUGGGGCCCUGGUGAUCACAAAUGCUAAGUUUGGUGACAUCCUUCAAUAAUAUUACCACAGUACUCUGCGUGUCUCUUUUGAAAUGGGUAAAAGCGGUUUUAAAUGAUCCAAACAACGUUUAACUAAUGUAAAUGAUUUUUGUUUGCUCCUUUGGGUGUUUCAGAGUAGAGCUGCUACUCCUGUGCAUCUACAGGAGUCAGAGACUGAAUCUUGACUUUAGGAUGCUCCAUCUUCUUAGUGUAACCACUUUGCCCACCAGAAAUGUUGUAAUGUUCACAUAAAAUGUCAAAUUUGUAUUCAAAAUGUACCGUUUGCAUCAUUGUUUUUCUCAAAUCUCAAAUUACAGUUUGCUCAUGCUGUUUGUUGAUUCUCUCCU